GGGAGCCUGUGCAUGCUGGGGGAGGGGAGAGCAGCCUGUGUGCCACUGCCUAUCUUUGGUGCUCUGGAAUGAGAACAUUUUCUUAACUUCUACCUGUGUCCUCAAGCAUCAGUCUUAAGAAAGCUUGGGCCAGUUUUCCAAAGGGUGGGGCAGGGGGGCCCACAGUGUGUGGAUUUUUCCCCUUUGAAAUCUUGCCUCAUAUUUCCUUGGCUUGCAUUAAAAUGAGCCGCUGUCUCUCCAUUCCUCAGCACCCAGUUUGUCCUCUCUAGCAGCUUUUGGCACCCCCUCCUCCCUGCCUCUGUCUCCCCAUCCCCCGUUUCUGCCUUCCAGAGUUGAGUUGUCUAGUUUUCCUGAAUUUCAGAGGUGGGGUCCCGCCUGUAUUGGCUCAAAGCAAGCCAUUAAAUCACUUCAUUCUGUAAUCUGCCCAUUCAUUCAUUCGUUUCGCAAACAGUUUACACAAUGCCUGCCCCAGUGGGCACCGUAGUCUGGUCAGUCGGUAGAUGCCACGGGAGUCCAUGAGAAUCUUGCCCUCCAGUCUUUAUUAAGCACCGACUCUUUGCUAGCUGUGUGUGGGGUGGGACAAGGCAGGGACUUAGUCUGCCUGUGCGUGAAAUGGGGCUCUACCCAGGGCCCAGGUGUAGGGUUGUUCUGAGCCUAAGCUGAGAUGUGGUUGGCGCUGCCGCCCUGGGGGAGCAUCAUCUGGCCUUGCUUAGGAUUUGAAAGCUCUCUAAAGCUGGACAACUCCUGUCUUUUGUUGGUAGCCUGAGUUUUCCUUUCCUACACACUGGAAAGGGAGCCCCUGUGUCCCACAGGGCAGGGGCUGGCCCUUUUUAUACUGGGUGCACCUGAGAAGUAGCCUUGGCCGCAGAAGCACUGCCAUACCCCCGCUUGACCACCACCCCCCAGGCCUCAGGACGCAGUGGGAGGUGGUCCCUGACAGCUCCGUACCCAGCGCUGCCUCUCUUCAGCUGGCAGGGGCAGGCCCGGAUGCUGGCCACAUCUGAGUGCAGAGCCAGGCCGGCCCUGCUGCCCAGCUGUUGGUUGCAUUUCAGCCUGAAAUACAAUCCUAGCUUUGGAGGGGCUGCCUGGGGCCGUGCGUAUGUGUAUCCAUGUGGCAGAAUCCCUCCUGGGUCUCCAGAGGGCAGAGCUGGGGCUGCAGGGUCCACACGUCCUGGGAGAAAACUGCCAGGAGCUUCCAUGGGUUUUUUCCCCCUCUGUUGCCCCUACCCUAGGUUGGAUGAAGCCUCAACCACAGAAAGUUCCAAAGAUCUAGGCACUGCUUCUCAGCCUGGCUAAUGCGAAUCACAGGAGAAGAGGGGUGUCUAAAAAAUGCCAGUGAAAGCUGCCUCUCUGGGGGUACAGCUCAGGCACCAGUGGUCUUUAAAAGCCACCCAGGCCGUCUUGUGGGACCAAGUUGAGGAUCAUUGUGCUGGGAGAAUGGGAUGUCUGGAAACAGAGAUCAGAGGCAGUUCUGUAAUGGAAAGAGAGAUGAGCUUGAACCUCAAACACUGUGAAUUUGCUUCUCGCCAAAGCAGCUGUGUGAGCUGGGGCAAGCCUCUUGUCCUCUCUGGGCCUCUGGUGUCUUUUGGGAAGUGGAAAAGUAAGAAGAUUGUUGUGAGGAUAAAAUGGGAUGGUGUACAUGCCUGGCGUAGAACGUUUGCCAAGUUAGACUCAGGCAUGUAGGGAAUGUAGCUGCAGGCUGGAGCACUCAGGGGGCCGUGUGGCGCCUGGGACCCUCCCAGCCGUUUCUGUAGCCAGGCAGGCAGUGUGAAGCCCCUAGCCUUUCAGGAGGUAGGUAGAUGUGUACGGUGGUGCCACAUAGGUUUAGAUGUGUACUAGGAAUGCCCUUUGCAAGGGAGCCUGGGGCGGGGGUGGGGGUGGUGUCUGGGAAGGCUUCCUGUAGGAGGUGACUGGUGGGUCCCUGGUUCAUGGAUCCUUUCAGCUCCUAACAGGUCAUGUGUUGUCUUAGGUGCUUUGUCUCCACUGCACCCUAGUGGUGGUAAUAGGCUCAGAGAAGUUUAAGACUGGGUGCCCAUCUCUAGUGCCACACAGUCAGCAAACCAAGGUGGGCACCCAGUCUGUCCAUCUUCCAGCCCGGUGUUUGCUAAUGGAAUGUUGCCCUGGUCCAGUGGCUGAAGAGGACAGAGAAGUUGCUUGCUCCUGGGAACCUCUGGCUUCCUCCUGCUCAGCCCCACCUUUUGACCCCUCAAACUGCCAGGAGAGAGCGGCUGGAGACUUUCUGGAGCCUGACCACAAGCCCUAGCAGAGCUUAGAGGCAGAGGGAGGCUGAGUCGGUCUCCAUGUGGCCGGAGCUGGCAGCCAGGCUGGAUGAUGCCCCAUCGGGAAGUAGGGCUGGGCUGCUGACCUGAGGCUGGUCCCCAGGCACCAGGCCCUUGUGCUUGGUGGCAGCGCCUUGGUCAGCCCAAGGGGUAGGAGCAGAGCCGAACUUGAGGAAGAGUUGGCGGGGGGUGGGCUGGGCUCUCCGGCGCUGGCGCUGGGACUUUCUUCUUGGGUUUCAAGUAAACAGUCUCGGCCCUCCUCCCCUCCCCUGCCUCCACCCCCGGCUCCUCAUUCGAUGGGUCUCAUGUGUUUCUAUUUAAGGGCUGCGAGUAAACCCCAGUGAUUGGCGGCCUCAAACCCUCUUGACUUCUCGCCUGGGCCCGGCCUGAGCCGUCCUCUCCCGCUCUCUCCCUCUCCCUCCCGAGGGGAGGACUGCUGACUCUUUCUCCGGGUUUACAGGGGUUGGGGGAGAGGCCCGGGUCCCCCUCCUCCCCGCCUGGCCUGUCCUCUCUCCUCUGCUCUGGCCUCAGCCCCCAUGGGCCCGCCUGCCCGCCUGCCCUCGGCCCUCCCCUCGCACCCCUGCGGCCGAGGGGUCCAGAGAGCCCACGUCUGGCCCAGGCCUCUCCUCCGACUCCCUCUCCCUAGUGCCGGGCUGUGACUAACUCACCACGGCCGCAGGCUCUUUCCUCUGAGCUCCUUAGGCUUCUGUCUCAUCUCUGCCUCUCUCCCUCCCUCCCCACCCCCUCCACUGUCCCCUGGCUCUCCAUGUCCCCCGGUCCCCGCGGCACAGCGGGCCGGUGUGGGGCCCUGCUAUAUGGCCUGUCCUUGGGGCCCGGCGAGCUGCGAGCCCUGGCUGCGGGCGGCCCCUCCGAGUGGCGCUGGCGACCGAGCAGCCUCCCCCGAGGCCGAUGGACAGGGGGCGCCCUGGCCGUGGGGCCAUGGCCGGCCGCUGGCUCACCGCGUGCUUUCUGCCCUCGCCAGGUGCCGACACCAACGCCGAGCCCAUGAUCCUGGAACAGUACGUGGUGGUGUCCAACUAUAAGAAGCAGGAGAAUUCGGAGCUGAGCCUCCAGGCCGGGGAGGUGGUGGAUGUCAUCGAGAAGAACGAGAGCGGCUGGUGGUUCGUGAGCACCUCUGAGGAGCAGGGCUGGGUCCCUGCCACCUACCUGGAAGCCCAGAAUGGUACUCGAGACGACUCAGACAUCAAUACCUCCAAGACUGGGGAAGUGUCCAAGAGACGCAAGGCCCAUCUGCGGCGCCUGGAUCGCCGGUGGACCCUGGGCGGGAUGGUCAACAGGCAGCACAGCCGAGAAGAGAAGUACGUCACCGUGCAGCCUUAUGCCAGCCAAAGCAAGGACGAGAUUGGCUUUGAGAAGGGCGUCACUGUGGAGGUGAUCCGGAAGAAUUUGGAGGGCUGGUGGUACAUCAGAUACCUGGGCAAAGAGGGCUGGGCGCCCGCUUCCUACCUGAAGAAAAUCAAGGAUGACCUGCCAGCACGGAAGAAGAACCUGGCAGGCCCCGUGGAGAUCAUCGGGAACAUCAUGGAGAUCAGCAACCUGCUGAACAAGAAGGCGUCUGGGGACAAGGAGACCCCCCCAGCUGAAGGCGAGGGCCCAGAGGCCCCCAUCGCCAAGAAGGAGAUCAGCCUGCCCAUCCUCUGCAACGCCUCCAACGGCAGCGCCCUGGGCGUCCCGGAGAGAACCGUCUCGAAGCUGGCCCAGGGCUCCCCGGCUGUGGCCAGGAUUGCUCCUCAGAGGGCCCAGAUCAGCUCCCCAAACUUAAGGACAAGGCCUCCACCUCGCAGAGAGUCCAGCCUGGGAUUCCAGCUGCCGAAGCCGCCAGAGCCCCCUUCUGUUGAGGUGGAGUACUACACCAUUGCCGAAUUCCAGUCGUGCAUUUCUGAUGGGAUCAGUUUUCGAGGUGGACAAAAGGCAGAGGUCAUUGACAAGAACUCGGGUGGCUGGUGGUACGUGCAGAUCGGUGAGAAGGAGGGCUGGGCCCCCGCGUCGUAUAUUGAUAAGCGCAAGAAGCCCAACCUGAGCCGCCGGACGAGCACCCUGACGCGGCCCAAGGUGCCCCCGCCAGCACCUCCCAGCAAGCCCAAGGAAGCCGAGGAAGGUCCAGCAGGCACUGGCGAGAACCAGGACUCCCCGCUGAAGCUCAAGUACGAGGAACCCGAGUAUGACAUCCCCGCCUUUGGCUUCGACUCGGAGCCGGAGCUGAGCGAGGAGCCUGCGGAAGACAGCGGCUCUGGAGACAGGAGGCCCGCCCAGCCGCACCGGCCCUCGCCCGCCUCCUCGUUGCAGCGCGCCCGCUUCAAGGUGGGUGGGUCUGCUGAGGAUGUGGCCCUCGAGGAGGAGACCAUCUACGAGAACGAGGGUUUCCGGCCGUGUGCAGAGGACAGCCUGUCGGCCAGACGCUCUUCCCGGGACAGUGACUCCCCGGGUGGCUCCCCACUGUCCCUUGCCAGGAAAAACUCCCCCAAAUCGGGUUCCCCCACAUCGUCGUCACUCCUGAAGCUCAAGGCAGAGAAGAACGCCCAGGCAGAACUGGGGAAGAACCACUCCUCAGCCUCCUUCUCCUCGUCCAUCACCAUCAACACCACCUGCUCCUCCUCCUCCUCCUCUUCCUCUUCCUCCUUGUCCAAGAACAGUGGGGACCUGAAGCCCCGUUCUGCCUCGGACGCGGGCAUCCGUGGCACUCCCAAGGUUGGGGUGAAGAAGGACCCCGACCUGAAGGCUGGGCUGACCUCCUGUGCCCGGGCCAAGCCAUCCGUUCGGCCCAAGCCGUUCCUGAACCGCGCAGAGUCCCAGAGUCAAGAGAAGAUGGACAUCAGCACUUUACGGCGCCAGCUGAGGCCCACGGGCCAGCUCCGGGGCGGCCUCAAGGGCUCCCGGAGCGAGGAUUCCGAGCUGCCCCCCCAGACAGCCUUCGAGGGUCCCAGUGAGGGGUCCAGGAGGGGCUCAGCUGACCUCAUCACCCUCCCCGCCUCCACACCCCCGUGUCCCACCAAGAAGGGGCGGGAAGGGCAGGCCACCUCCUACAUGACAUGCAGUGCCUACCAGAAGGUCCAGGACUCGGAGAUCAGCUUCCCCGCAGGCGUGGAGGUGCAAGUGCUCGAGAAGCUGGAAAGCGGCUGGUGGUAUGUGAGGUUUGGGGAGCUGGAGGGCUGGGCCCCCUCCCACUAUCUGGUGCUCAGUGAGGAUGAGCCACCCGACCACCCAGGCAAAGAGCCGGACACAGUGGCGGCCAAGAGCAAGCAGAACGAAGGCAAGUCAGACAGCCUGGAGAAGAUCGAGAAGCGGGUCCAAGCGCUGAACACCGUCAACCAGAACAAGAGGGCCACGCCGCCCAUCCCCUCUAAGCCUCCUGGGGCCUUCGUCAAGACCUCAGGUGCUGGGGCCGUGAAGAUGAGGAACGGCGUGCGCCAGGUGGCAGUGAGGCCCCAGUCGGUGUUCGUGUCCCCACCACCCAAGGACAGCAACCUGUCCUGCGCCCUGCGGAGGAACGAGUCGCUGACGGCCACCGACGGCCUCCGAGGCGUCCGCCGGAACUCCUCCUUCAGCACUGCCCGCUCAGCGGCUGCAGAGGCCAAGGGCCGCCUGGCCGAACGGGCCGCCAGCCAGGGCUCGGACCCCCCUCUUCUGCCCACCCAACGCAACGGCAUCCCUGUGUCCCCUGUGCGCCCCAAGCCCAUUGAGAAAUCGCAGUUCAUCCACAACAACCUCAAAGAUGUGUACGUCUCGAUCGCAGACUACGAGGGGGACGAGGAGACGGCGGGCUUCCAGGAGGGCGUGUCCAUGGAGGUCCUGGAGAGGAACCCCAACGGCUGGUGGUACUGCCAGAUCCUGGAUGGGGUGAAACCCUUCAAAGGCUGGGUGCCCUCCAACUACCUGGAGAAAAAGAACUAGCGAGAGGUGGGCGGGCGUGGGUCCUUCCAGCCUUCGUGUGGGUGAGCGGUGGGAUAAGACAAAAGGGAUGUGGGAGGUGGGAGGGGUGGGGGAGGAAACUAAACCUGCAGAGCGUGCCACCUUGAAGACACUCCCCUCCAGGCUGUCCCCCAGCUGGAAGGUAGGGUCUGGCAGGGGCCCACACUAAGCACAGAAGGUAGUGGGCAGGGGCGCCCUGGGCCUGGGGCCGGGGCGAGAAAGCUGAGCCCCACGUGAGCACCUUGGGGACUUUGACGAUAGACUCCGUGCCAUUUGGGACAGGCCAUGUGGGAAAAUCCAAUUUGUGCCUUGGCUGCAAAUCUGGAAAAGAUGUGGUUGUGGGGGCCUCCCGUGCCCUGCCCCUGCCUAGCCUGGUUUCAGUUGCCCCUCCCCAGCCCCCUCCCCCAGAGAUAUAGCCCUUGUAUCAUUUUAAUCUGUGUUUGUGAAUUAGCCUGGUUCCCAGGGAUUGCUGCCACCGGUGAGGGUGGUAGGAGACACUGCCGGGGCUUGGAGGCAUCUUCUGGAAGCUUAGGCUGUCCCAGGGCCAGGCCACUGUCCAUGUCUGUUAGUCGAAGAAAACGCACUUCCCCGGGUGCCAGCAAGGACCACCUUUCUUAGCCAUCACUGCCGCUGGCCUUGAGGAGAGAGCCCACCCUGCCCGGGGCUCCCCCUGGAGGACCGCCAGCCCCAGAGUUUACAGAGGGAGUGGGUGGGGCCGUCGGUCUCUUCUGUCUGCACAGACUCGAUGUUGAAUAUUUCUGGGUGGGCAGUUCUUUUGCAUGUUUCAGAAGAGGUGUGUUGCUUUGGGGCUUCGAUGUCGGGCCUUGGGUUUUCGUCUUAUUUUAGGGGUUGUUUGGGGGCCCAAAGGCGAUCAGCCUCACGGGACAGGAUGGGGAAUGGAUGGCCUUUCCGUCGUACUCUUGUGGGAGGUGGUUUGGUAUGUGCUUCGCCUUCCUCCCCUCCACAAGCCAAAGUCACUUCAUUUGGUUUCCGCUGUGUGGACAGUACUGGAGCUUGGCCACAGGGAUUGCAGGCUGGAGAAGCUCUGGUCCCGGUCGUGGCAAAGCAGAGCCACUGCUCUCCUGGUUCCUGCCUGGUCGCGGUCGGGCAGAGCCCUCCCCGGGGAGGAGGGCGGCGUUCGGGGGUGGGGGAGGCGGUGUACGUUCUCCUGUCCAGGCAGGAUCUGAAGCCUUAUGGGUAGGCCAUGGAGAAGCAGACCUCACCACCGCCACCGCGGGCCCAAAGAUCCCUGGGCCAGAAGCCAAGCUGGUCUUCCCGAGGGGCAGUGCCCCUGUGAAGAGAGAAGGGAGAAAAUAAAGUCCCUGUCAAUUCCGGGUGAUGUCUUCCGGUCGCUGACGCUUCCGAGGCCAGACCGGCUUCCCCAAGGACUCACUCUUCGCGGGGAGUGGAUUUCCGCACGUGCCUUUGAUUGUGGACAGAUCGGGGUUCACAGCCACCCACUGAGCUGCCGAUCCCGGACUGAGGAGGAGAGGCCCGCCCUCCACCCUGCUCCCCACCCGGGCGGUGUAUGUCGUCCCGAGAACAGCACGGGAUCCGCACCUCGUGCCCCCAGCCCCCACGCACCCCCACCCUCUUCCCUCACCGUAUACUGAUGCCCGGCAGCUCUAGCAAACUGUUCCCAUUCUUGGUUGAAAGGGCCGUGGUGAGAUUUUUGCUUCCUUUUGGUUUUGUUUGUUUAAAUGGAAAUUAGUUAUUUUCUUCUGCUGGACAGUAUUAAAUAGAGCAGGAUGUUGAGUUAAUCUGCUAGAUUGCAGUACUAAUGGUAGAGGUGUAGUGUCUUCAUAUUAAUAUUAUUUGGACUUAUUUGAACAAUAAUGAUAAAGAAGUGGUUCAUUACUUUUUAAUUAAUGCACUUUAAUAAAGGUGGAAUGGAAAGAACCCCAGAGAGCAAAGUGCAUUACUUAAAGAUGCAGUAUAUACUCUUCUCAUUUUUAAGCAGCACAUAUUUAUUAAAAGAAAAAAAAGUAAUUUAUGAUUAUUUAAAAUAAAAUUUAAAAGUAGAGUGACUGUCAGGUUGAAGGACCUUCCAUGUAGCUAUCUUCCAGGGGGAGAGCCCCAGCGGCCUCACUCCUCAAAGUCUGCACUGAGCCAGUUCAGUCAAUAACGCGCCAGCCAGGCCAAGAAGGAGUGCAGGAUGCACCUGCCAAGCACAGAGCAUCUCAGUCGGACUGGACCACAGCACUCCCCAGAGCCUGCCUUUCCCUGCCCUUCCUCACUGUACUACCCCCCGGGGCUCUCCACCACCCACGAGGCUCACAUUCUCCCCACCCUGCAAGGAUCCUCUCUCCUUCAUUCCCAGUGCCCUAAGCACUAAGUCAUUACACGUGAGCUCCAAGGUCACUCACUCCAUCCCAUCCCCUCCUGUUAGUGCAGCCCAAAGUCAGAAAUUAGCUUCCCCCAAAUGACACAGCUAAUUAGGAGCAGACCCCACUGCCUCCGCCCCUGUACUCCUCCCCACCCCCGUUAGAGUUUAUCGUAUGGUCAUCAUGUUUACAGCGUGCCAGCCAGCCCUAAGGUUGGCUGGGGGUUGCUCAGGCGUCCAAGAAAAGUGGGAGAUGCUGCCACCUGGUGACAGCUGGAUAUGUGGAUAGUGAACAGGGAUUGCCGUACCCCUCUUCACCCCUCGCCCCCUCACCAUCACCCUGACUCACAGCACAGCACAAACCCUGCAAACCCAAAACGAUGAUUAAUACUUGAAGCAAGAAGGGUGCACGCCAGUCCCUCUCAGACAUGGCCAGGGGAUGCCAGGCCUUGGACCCCUGGACUCCUGGCCCUGCCCAGGACAGGAGGGCUUUUUCCUAGAGCUACUGAGCUGCUUUGUGACGUUGGAGGGUACUGCCGGCAGCAGGUAGAGGAGGGAGGGGCCUGUGGCUCUGACCCAUCUGGAGGAAGACCAGAUCAGACAAAAAAAAGAAAAAAAGAAAAAUCUCAGCCGUGUCCAAACCUAGUUUUCCAUUAGUUGCGAUUGAAAAAUGUGAAAUGACGUUGUAUUGCUGUAUACUGCAACUUUAAUCAUAAAUGAGCCCUUCUGAGGUCAUUAUUGAGGUUUAUAUAAUGCCCGAAGAUGCAUCAUCCGGUGCUUUUUCUUUCAGUUUAAAGACUUUUUUUCUUUUAUUACAAGGGAAAAAGAUGUCUUCAUCUCUCUCCCACUUUGUAACAGGGGCCUGGCUGGACUCCCCGGCCCCGUCGUGCUGUUCCCACAAGGCCAAGGGACACCAGGGCAGCAAGAGGGAGGCAGAGGGGCAACCCGAACAGCAGGUGUGCCACCUGCCCCUGCUGUGACCAGGCCCUCUGGCCAGCCCUUGGCCUCAUUCACCCCCAGCCUGGCCCCGCAGGCUCCUCUUUCUUCCUCCCGUCUCCAUCUUGACGAAGGCAUUAUAUAGCAUCGUUUUAAUCACUUUCAGAUGUUAGAGCAGCAUAUUUUACUGGCAUUUAUAGCCAUGGCUUUCCUCGGCGAGGCAUGUUACUACUUUUAUCAUCUAAGGCAAAAAGUCAAGGGAAUUUCGGUCAAGCAUUAUUUUCAUAUUACUAGUAUUUGCAGAGUAGGUGUAGAACUAUUUAAGUUUAGACCUUCGUUUGGUAGUUUGUUUUUUUAAGGAAAAAAAGACAACGUAACCCCUAUUUUUCCUGUUUUUGUAUUUAACUAAUAUAUUAUUUCUUUCAGGUUACUCACUUCCCCUACCCGCUCCAAAUACUUUGCAUUCUCAAUCGAAAAUGAAAACAAUCUGAGAGACAGGAAAAGUGCAAUAUUAUUGAGAGGGAUGCCAGGGCUUGUUGGAACGGUGGCGGGAGGCCGAGCGGCCCCGAGUGUUGCUAGGGGGAGGCGAGGCUCCUGGAGGGAGUCAUGCUUUGGAGCCAACAGGUGACCUGGGUCUUGCUUCCCCCCCCUCCCCCCACUUCUCUGACAGGAGGGCAGGGGUCCCCGCCAGAGGGCAGCCCCUUCUGCUGGGGGUCACCCACCGGGAAGAAAGGGAUUCAGGGAAGUGGUAUGGGGCGCCCAGCUUCCCGGGGCGCCAGCCCUCGGCGCAGAGCAGGGACCUCCAGGAACUGCUCUUUGUUUUCAUUUCCGUUGUUUUUCAGCCAGCUGCUCAGAAAGACCUGUCUUAGAAAUCACCGUCCGCGGUCCCCUCUCACCCCAGUCGCCUACGUUUGGGCCAUGAUCCUUUUGACGUAUGUUUGAAUCUUUCUAACACUAUGUAACCUCAAGUUCAGUUUAUGGGCAGGAACCCUAGAUGUAACCAAAUCCUUCUGGGGGGAUGUGGGUGCCUCGAGCCCGACACCCGCUGUGACACACCAGUUCCCACGAGCCUGCAGCCGGGCCUGGUGCUGAGCCGGGGCUACCCAUUCAUCUCAAUGACUUCAGCCGGAGGCGUGAGCCCUGCUUCUGCUCAACACCCCGACAAGGUCUCGGAGAAGCGUCGGAGGAGCCUGCUGAGGUCUCUGCAGACAGAACUUCCCACAACAGGUACCGAGCUGCCAGCCCCCAAGUGGGUGCUGGUAGAGAGAGCAAGAGAACAGGAAGGCUCUGGGUCCAAGCCCUUGGAGCUCUGCCCCUCCCGGUGACAGGGACAUCCUUGCUGGCUCGUCCCCUCCACCACCUCCAGUACUGUAUGCUUGCUGCUCCAGCCCGUCUGGUGAAUUUCUGUACAAAUACGGAUCUGGCGCCCAGAGUGGGCCUGUGCCCCCGCGUGUGGGUGUCUGUCCUUGGAGCAUAUGCAUCUGUAUGUCCCAUCGUCAAGAGUCUCAAAUGCAGAGCUCCCAGGAAAGAGAACCACCCACAUCGCUCAAGAAUUAAGAUUCCCUCACUUUUUUGAGGGCUGUGUGUUGUCAGGAGUGCGUGUGUAUGUGUGUCUGUGUCAAUGAGGAGUGUGUCUAUGGUGUGCGUGUUUGUGUGUGUGCACGUGUGAGUGCAUGUGUGCAAGUGUUGGUCAUUUCCCACUUGAACUAAAUACCAUGGGGUUCGAGGAAAAAAUUACUGGGCAAGCUGUCUCCAUUGAACAAGUCCUUGGCAUUGGGCAGGCCCCACGGGACUCACAGCUUCUGGCAGCAAGUGUAUGUGUUAUUCACACACGUUAAUUCUGGCUGGAGAGUGCAAUGUGUCUUUUUUUUUUUUUUGUAAUUAUUUUAUUAAGUAUUUAGUUGGAAACUUCACACUGGCAUUAACAGAUCUAGCAGAAGCAUCCUAGGCCACUGUCCCAGGCUCCAAAGUGAGGAUGUGGGAAGGAGAUGCCACUGGGUGCGGAAGUGCCACCACCUGCACUCAUGUCUAAUGGGCUGACUGCCAGCCUUUGCCGUGCAUGUCACCACUGUAGGAAUCCCUGCGUUGUGAGAGCUGCUGGCCCUCGGUUCUUGUGUUCAGGGAGACAACUUGGUCACCAUGAGCUCAGCAGACCUGCCUGUCCAUCAGCAGUUCUGGUCUAGACUGCAGGUCCCCAGACACUUCAUGGGAAUCAUGUGGAGAGCUCCCCUUUGGACGUUACUGAGUUGUUGGCCUAAAUCUUGGUCUCUGUUUGAGUCAGCCUCUGGUUCUCAAGCUCAGUGAUCAGAGCCAGUGACAAAAGGGUGAGUGACCUAUAGCUUCGUUUCAGAAAGAACAGCCCCACUGAUGUUGGCUUCCCUCCUGUUGUGUCCCAUGCACCUGGUCCCCAGGCCAGCAGCGGGCACACUGGUGCCUAUAGAAGGCAUAGAGGACUCUGCCUCCCUAGGCCUUGGUCCCAGCCUGCCUGUAGCAUUGGUUUUAUGAUGCGAUCCCCCUUCCCCAGUCCCAUCUUUUCAAUCUUGAGUUUGCUCUUGACCUUGACAAUCAGCCCCCCCAUCCCAGAAUGUAGUGGCCUUUGAGAACAGGUCCCUGCAAUGAAGAUCUCUCCUUUGCUCCCAUUUCCAUCCUAGCAAAUGGGCUGGACCACAGGAGGCAGGAGAGAAAGAGGAAGAAUUAUCAUUUUAAAGCAGAAAUAUGGAUGGAGCAUGUUGGAGGCAAGUGAGAGGCACGUUGGUGAGAUGAGUGUGCGUGUUCGGGGAGGCUGCAGCUUACCGUCCCUUCCCUGGGAAGGUGGCUUCCAGAAGAAAGUGCCUUCUAGGCAGAAAGGGAAGAGUGUGAGAAGCCUGAGAGAGUCUGGAGUUUUGUCUUUAUUAGAAGGAAAAAGUUUCUGAAUGUUUUCAGGAGGAAGAGAGCAGGUAGGGAAUUUAAUGGUUCAGCAUCCAAGGAUCCAGCCAGAACAGGUUGGAAAAGCCCCAAGAUUUGGCUGUAGAAGAAGAUGGCCUGAGGAAAUAGCCACAUGCUAGGCUACAAGCUGGGUUCUCAGCAGGUUCUUAAUGGCCACUGAUUUGCUUAGCGGAGAGGGGAAGUUGCCAGCAACAGACCCAUCUCUGAGUCUGGAGGCCCUGGCUCCAGAGCCUUCAUCCGUUUCCCAGGUUCCAGGCUGUUGUGCCCACCUUCCUUUCUUUGUCCAGUCCAGAGCUGGCCUCUCUAACUGCUUGAAUCUGAGACCAGUAACCGUAAUGGGUCAUGCACUAGGGACCCACCACCCCAAACUGGAGUCCCAGGGCCCAGACACCAUCAUGGGUAUCUGGGAGGAAGGCACCCUCACUUGCUCUUCUAAUGAUUCAGUGUGCCGAGCCAGCCUGCCUGGUGUGACUCAGAAGAUGGGAUGCGAGGUACACAUCAUUUUUAGUGGCCUAUGACCAAGGCAUACUGCUCUUAAGUCUUUCAGAGAAAGAUGGGUAAACAAAGCCACCAUUCUUGAAUCUGCAGCAUGUUCUUGGCAACAGGUUUCCUUUAAGUCCUUGACACAGGAUGGGAAAAGGGUUUCACUCUGGUUACAGGAGCUCUGCAGGAAAGUGACUUUAGAGAAGGCAAAUGUGAGGGGCAGGUUCGUGAGCCUGGGUUUGUGGGCCGCGUGGUUGCACGUAAACUGCUAGAUGUCUCUGGGGCGUUCUUCACGGUGUCCCCUCGACCCCUCCCAGCUCCUGGUGGGCUCUGCAGGGUCUGAAGGAGGCUGUUCCCUCUUCCUCCCUCAACAGAGAAACCGAAGAAAAGGACUUUGAAUUCAGUGCAGUCAAUUUGAGUGCUAGAAAAUUUCCAGAAUCAAUGGUGGUGCUAUACUGUCUCCAUGUUUCUAAGAUUUUUAAUUGUGUUUUUUUUUUUAAUUGUUCUCAUCACAAACACGCAGCGUCCUUAGGGAAGAGACCCCACCCCUUGACCUGCCACUUUCCAGGUGUCCUUUAUCAUUUUGACGGGACUCUUUGGUCUGCAGAAAAUAACUGUCUUGGCAUGCUUCUAGACUGUAAAAUUUGGGUUGUUUUGUAUUUUGUUUAUGUUUACAUGCAUCUUGUAUUUCCUUGAAAACUAAAUAAAGUUUUUGGCCUUUUUAA